CUAUUUUUAAAAAUAUCCCGCACCCGGCGUGAACGCGCACGCGCACAUGAGUCAGCGUGGAAACUUUGGUGACCUGUCGCGUGCACGACAGACAAGCGCGUGUCAGGAUCAAAGUCUGCCGUUACGCGCCCGUGGACGUGGAGAUAAAGACUUUACUUUUACACCACCUUGCGAGUGCGUGCGUGAGAGUCCAACCUGGUAGACGUUGUGACUCCAGUCCACCGAAGAGUGUACGUUGCGCGUGUGUGCGCUAGUGCGACACCACAAGACCUUUUAAGGAACGCGGACGGAGACAUUUGGACCUACAAGUAUAUCCAGGAUCUUCUAAGACCUUUGGACGUCUUUAGUCGGAGUCCACGAUGACGUCAGUGUGGAAGAGACUGCAGCGUGUUGGGAAAAAAGCUUCCAAGUUUCAGUUUGUUGCUUCUUACCAGGAACUCAUCGUGGAGUGCAAUGCGAAAUGGCAACCAGACAAGCUGCGGGUGGUUUGGACAAGGAGGAACAGACGCAUGUGCUCCAAGCUGCACAGUUGGCAGCCGGGCAUCAAGAACCCGUACAGAGGAAUGGUUCUUUGGCCCGUUCCAGAGAACAUGGACAUCUCAGUCACACUCUUCAAGGAAGCAGGUGCUGACAUUUUUGAGGACAAGGAGUGGACCUUUGUCAUCGAGGGUGAGAGCAAAGGUCAUCGCAAAGUGCUGGCGUCAGCUGACAUCAACCUGAAGAACUUUGCUAGUCCAACACCGACCCAAACGGACCUGAACCUCCGUCUGAAGCCGCUGUCUGUCAAAGUGGUGGAGGCGUCGCUCAGGUUGUCUCUGUCGUGCAUCUUUGUCCGUGAGGGAAAAGCCACAGAUGAAGACAUGCAAAGCCUCGCCAGCCUGAUGAGCGUCAAACCUGACGUGGCCAACAUGGAUGACUUCAACGAGAGCGACGAAGACGGCGACAACGCAAGGACGACAGUCAUACCACGCUCUCUCACACGUCCCAAUCGCCCCGCCCCUCCUCCACCUGAGCCUAUAAACACCUUGUCAGCUGCUGUGUCGUAUCAGCGACGCCCCCAAGAGGUCCAAACACCACAUGACCUCGGUGCCACGUCGGGUCGUCACAUUUUCACAGCUCAAAUUGUCAAGUCAGACCCCCGCCCUUCCUCACCCUCGCCGUUGUACACCGAGGCUCCACCUCCCGAGUCAACAGCUCUUCAGGCGGCGUGUGUGACCUCUGAUGACCCUCCCAACACUGGUGACAAAAUCCCGGUUCCUCUGUUGAGUCGUCCUGACCUCGACGCCCUCUGUGAGCCUGCCGCCCCAAUUCUUCGGCCUACCCUCCCGCGUUCCUCCCCCCCUUGCUCGCCAUCUUCAGCCGCUCAGAUCAGCACCCCGACCAACGAGGCUACGCCCCCCCUCACUCAAGCAGACAAGGAAGUGACACCCGUUGACAAGAAAAGAACGCCAACCACGCUUACUGAUGGCAUCACAGCAUCCAAUCCACCAAUCACAGCAAAUGAUGCCAAGGCGGCCACGCAGCCAGAAGCAGGGGGGGGCAGUCCUGCCCAAUCCCAAUCUGAGAUGACAAUAGCUCCGCCCCCUCCUUGGCCAUUCUGUGAGACCACCGCCCCCCAGCUGCCCUCCACCCCUGCCAAUCACGGUGGUGGCGACAUCAACACAGAGAAUGAUGUCGUCUUUGACAAGAGGAAGUUAGGAGGCUGCUUUGCUGAGCAGCACUCCUCCAGGAGAGCCACAGGCCUCCUCCUGCACGACACCUCCACCACGGUGGAGCAGGAGGACGAGCAAAGUCAGGAGGAGAGGAAGCGACAUGAGCAAGAAAAAAGGAGACUGGUGGAAGAGGAAAAGAGGAGAAUCUUGCAGGAGCAGGAGGAGGCCAAGAAGCUGAAGGAGAGGAGGAGGCGCGAGCAAGAGAGACUCCUCGAGGAAUGGAAUAUAAGGCAAGAUGAGGACAGGAGGAGAGAGCAGGGGCUGUAUCUCCUAGAGGAGGCAGAGGUGGAGGAGGAGCAGAUGUUGGUGCAAAAAGAUACAGAGCAACACAAAGUGAAAGAAGAGGAGGAACAGGAGAGGAUAAGGAGAGAGGCGGAGAAGAGGAAGGAAAAAGAGGAAGAGGCAAAGAGGGUGCAAAGAUUGAAGGAGAUGAAAGACAAGAUGGAGGAGAAAAGGAAGGACGAGGAGAGAAAAAGGAGGGAGGAACAAAGUAAGAAAAUGGAGGAAGAAGAGAUGACAAGAAGGAGAGAGGAGGGGAGGAGGAUGAAACUACAAGAGGAGGAGAAAAGAAACACUGAAAAGAGGAGACGUGAAGCAGAGGAGAGAAGUAGAAAGAUAGAGGAGGAAGAGAAAAGACAGGAAGAAAAGAGAAGAUGUGAAGAGGAGGAGAGAAGCAGAAAAAGGGAGGAGGAGCAGGAGAGAAGACAGGAAGAAAAGAGGAGACAUGAAGAGGAGAGAAAGAGAAAAGAGGAGGUUAAAAAGAGAGAGGAAGAGAGAAAGACCAAGGACGAAGAGGAAAGAAAGAAGAGGCGAAAUGAGGAGGAGCAGAGCAUCAAGGAGGAAAAAGAGAGGGAGUUUCAAAGACUGAAGGAGGAGAAAGACAAGAUGGAGGAGGAAAAGAAGAGGAAGAAGCUUGAGGAGGAGAGGAAGACAAAGGAGGAAGAGGAGAGAAAGAGGAUUGAUGAGGAUGAGAGAAGGAAGAAGCUAGAGGAGGAGAUAAAGACAAAGGAAGAAAAUGAGAAAAAGAGGAGAGAAGAGGAAGAGAAAAAACAGGAAGAAAAAAGGAGGAUUGAAGAGGAGAGGGUGAAAGGGGAAAAGGAGAAGAAGAAGCUAGAGGAGGAGAUAAAGACAAAGGAGGAAGAGGAGAGAAAGAGAAAUCAUGAGGCGGAGAGAAGGAAGAAGCUAGAGGAGGAGAUAAAGACAAAGGAGGAAAAUGAGAGAAAGAGGAGAGAAGAGGAAGAGAAAAAACAGGAAGAAAAAAGGAGGAUAGAAGAGGAGAGGGUGAAAGGGGAAAAAGAGAAGAAGAAGCUAGAGGAGGCGAUAAAGACAAAGGAAGAAAAUGAGAGAAAGAGGAGAGAAGAGGAAGAGAAAAAACAAGAAGAAAAAAGGAGGAUUGAAGAGGAGAGAGCCAAAGGGGAAAAGGAGAAGAAGCUAAAUGAGGAAAGGAGGAAGCUAGAGGAGGAACAAGCGAUGGUGCAAAGGAGAAGAGAAGAGGAGGAGCUGGAAAGGAGGAGAGAAGAAGAGAGGAAGACCAAAGAAGAUGAGGAGAGGCGGAAAAAUGAGGAGGAGCAAAAAGUGCAGGAGGAAAAGAAAAGGGUGGAGCAGAGAGUGAAGGAGGAGAACCACAGGAUGGAGGAGAGGGGAAAGUGUGAGGAGAGACAGAAGAAAGAGGAUGAGGACAGAAAGAGGGAGGAAGAAGAGAGUCAGAAAAAGGCGGAAGAAGAGCUGAAGAGAAGGAGCGAAGAUGAGAGGAGGAACAUGCUCGAGCAGGAGAGAAAGACAGGAGAAGAAAAGGAGAGAAAGAGGAGGGAUGAGGAGGAGAGGAGGAAGAAGCUAGACGAGGAGAUAAAGAUAAAGGAGGAAAAUGAGAGAAAGAGGAGGGUAGAGGAAGAGGAGGAGAGAAAGACAAAGGAGGAAAAGAAGAAAAAGGAGGAAGAAGAAAAGAUGGAAAAGACGCAACAAGAAGAGGAGGUGAACGGGAGGAGAGAGGAAGAGCAAGUGGACAGCAGGAAGCAGGAGGAGAAGUUCAAAUGUGCGCCUUUAAUUCUCAGCCAAUCAGAACAGAGCAAAUCAGCCAAUCAGAGGGAAACCGUUGAGGUGGAUGCUCUUGUUGAACAGCCAAUCACAACCAAGCACCUGCCUCCUGAUCAGCCUGCCAUGUCAGUCUCAGCCAAGGCCCCGCCUCCUGAAAAAGUGGAAAGGAUGAUGUUCCAAGGGGACUUCCAGCUGGACCACAAGGCGGGCGAAGGUGCUGACGAGGAGGAGGAAGAGGAGGCAGAGGGCACACCUGCUGUCCACCAUGAUAAUGGCGUCGGGAUGAAGACGGUGGCUGCUGAUGAAGCUGUUAGCAUCACCAAGGUGCAUGAGAGUCACCAUGACACCAAAAUGGCCGCUAUUUCACAAGAAGAAGAAAGUCCCGCCCUCCGCCCUCUGGCCAAGCAUCAGCUGCUCCAAGAGGAGGAGCGUCACCUAUUGGCUAAAAUCCACAUGAUGAUCCAUGACACGUCCCCCAUCGCCAGGAAGCGCCUUGUUCCCGCUCCAGGAGAGAUCCACCAUGACCAAGACGCGGAGUCAAACAUCCUGGCUGAUGGCAAGGAGUCGUCAAAGUGGGGGUGGGAAGAGGAUGUGUCACGUGACGAGUGGAGCACCCCGCCUGAUGGCGUAUCUUCUCGCCAAGGUAACAAGGUACCAUCUGGGCCAAUCAGAGAGCAGGCUGAUGGCAAGGACGACUCCAGCGACGACCUCGUGACCUCCAGCCAGUCACUGCUGCAGUGGUGCCAGGAGGUCACGACCGGCUACGUGGGGGUCAAGGUCACCAACUUCAGCACUUCCUGGAGGAACGGCUUGGCCUUCUGCGCCAUCUUGCACCACUUCCACCCCACCCUUGUAGAUUUUGAUCAGCUGAAAUCACAUGAUAUCAAAAUGAACAACAAGAAGGCCUUUGACGCGUUCGAGUCUUUGGGCAUCUCUCGCCUGCUGGAGCCGUCCGACAUGGUCCUGCUGUCGGUUCCGGACCGUCUCAUCGUAAUGACGUACCUCAGCCAGAUCCGAUCUCACUUCACCCAGCAGGAGCUCAGUGUGCUGCACAUCGAGCACAACGCUAGUGACUCCAGCUACGGCCCCGCCCUCGCUAGCCCGCCACCCUCUGACCUUCACGCCGCCGCCUUCUGUGUGGCACGACUCAGUGAGGGAGCCGGUUUGCAAGAAGGAGAUGCCGCUUUGCUUGUCCCGCCCCCGAGAUCCAAGAGGACGGCUAAAGAAGAAUCCAUGUUCGCCAUCCCUGGGACCAGGCCCACUUCCCAGGCAGCCAAAUCCGGACCCCCACAGGAUGGAAGUGAGAGCAUCAACUUGGCAUCAGAAACCACACAAGAACCUGAGUCGCAGUGUGUCAAAGCAGAAGACAAGACGAUGGACACUAGUCAGUAUGUGCUGAACGAGCUGGUGGCGUUGGAGGCGGAGCAAAAGCACAUUGAUACCAGGGCGGCGGUGGUGGAGCGUUGCCUGCGGAGCCUCAUGGAGACAGGAAGUGACCGUGACGAGGAGGAGAGGCUGAUUCAGGAAUGGUUCACUCUAGUCAACAAGAAGAACGCUCUGAUACGAAGACAGGACCACCUGGAACUCAUGCAGGAGGAACAGAACCUGGAGAGAAAGUUUGAGCUGCUGACUCGAGAGCUGCGAGUCAUGAUGGCGAUAGAAGACUGGAAGAAGUCGUGUGCCCAUCAAGAGCGGGAGCAGCUCCUCCUUCAGGAGUUGGUGUCUCUGGUCAACCAGCGUGAUGACAUCAUCCAGAACCUGGACGCCAAGGAGCGAGGGGCAAUGGAGGAGGACGAGCGUCUGGAGCGCGGUCUGGCCAUGAGGAGGAGGAAGUACGACAACAAGGACAAGUGUGUCCUACAGUGACACACGCACACAUGUUUUGAUAUGUUGCCAUGGCGACUGCCACCACCGCUGCUGCCGCUGCUAGAACGACAUGUAUGAUGUGGAGAUUUAUACUUUUUGCUGUGUAGUUUUUGUAGUAGAUGUCGUGAGCUGGACUCAACAUGGCGGCUGCCUAUUUGUGGGUCAUGUGGUACAAUGGCGCGACUUUCAUGACCGUAAAGCUGCAGCAAUAUUGUCCAAACCGACAUUGAAAGUGGCACGUUAUUAUGCACUGCUAUGUACAGUAUACCAACGAUAUACUGUUGCUUAAAUUGCCUUUGUUUAGUACGGUUGCGCACUCUCAGGAAAAUACUGCCAUCUAGCGUUUAGGAAAAUAAUUACAAGGUUUAAACUCAGCCUGUGAAAAGUCACUUUCCGGCACAGCCACUACAAAGCUUAAUCCUAAUUCUUUCACAUCUUCGAAUGUUUUUCAGAAAGGUAACGGAACAAUUAGUUACUACGUACAUUUAUAAAGGAUUAUUUACGUUAUCAUUUAAUAACUGUUAACUUUUUGAUUUGCACAACACUGUUAAACAGUGGUCAGUGCCAAUGUCAGACAAAAGUGUGAUGCGCCGGCCACGCGAGCAAAGGAUGGGCGGAACCAUAAAGUCUUUUGUACUGGUUGUUUGAGAAGCCGCCAGCAGGUGGCGCCAGAACCUGUAUCUUUUUAAUACUUGAAAAAGACAAUGUUUGGAAGAAGUAAAAUCUUUAAAUAAAGUAUCAAUGAUAUUUAUUAGAAGGGCUUUUUAAGUUUUUGAUAUUGCUAACUCAAAGUGACGGUGUGUGUCCGCACGCGCACUUGGAGGCGCUAAAAAGAAAGGUCCCAUGAUGAAAGUGCGGGCCAGGAACAACAAGGCAAACAAGACGUAAAGGAAAGAUGGAAGGAAAGUCAACUUUGUGGCAGGCUAGGAAGAAUAGAAAGGGGGGAGAAAAAUAAAAUGGUCGUUUUGAGGAACAAAAAUGAUCAGCGUUUUCAACGGAAACGCCACAGAAGAGGAUGAAACCUUAAUGUAAACAUUGUCUACAUUCUAGCGCUCGACCAGGACCCGUCUGAACCAAAGUGGACCUGUUCUUGUGUUGCACGCGAUGACACGUGCACAUAAACCGACGCGCGCGCGCACACGCACGCAGUGUUUGGCUUUGGGUGAGGAAAAGUUGAGCUUUUCCACCUAUUGCUUUCUUCAAACUCAGCAGCUUCAUGAUGCUGCUUUGUCACAUGACACCCCCUCC